AUGAUCGUUCGUCCGGUCCGUGUUCUGCAAGCCACAAGGAUGAUUUCUACGCUUGUUGGGCAGAGUGGUCGCGAGUAUAACCUCCAAAAAGUGCUCCAACGGCACCCCAAGAAGCCCGAACUUAGCGUUUGCCUUGCGCUCUGUGACAAGACACCCUACGUCAUGAAGCCCGUCUCUGAGUCCAUCUUGGAGCAUCUGCAGGAAUUUCGAGCCGAGUUUGAAGGUCAUCCCCGUCUUCGCAUUUAUGUAGACAAGAUUAAAAAGGAGAAUAUUCUCGUUUACGAAUACUUCAAAUCAGAUUUACUCGCAUUAGUAGAGAAUUACCCUCCUCUUCCAUUGACAGCGAGGAAAAAGAUAUUGAAUGAGAUCGGAAACACACUUGCUGAAAUGCAUAAGAAAAAUUGGAUUCACCUAGACGUGAAACCAGACAAUGUCUUCCUCAAUUGGUACGUGGACUCAAGGGACGGAUUUCACCUAGAGAGAGUAGUCUUAGGCGACAUGGACUGUGCUUUGAAAUUGAAAGGCGAGAAACUACUAAACUAUAAGAUUGGAAACGUUAUGUGGCGUAGCCCAGAAGGACAGCUAGGAAAAGGCGUAGGAAAGCCUUCUGAAGUCUUCUCUUUUGCUCUCUUGUGUCUCUACGUUAUCAAGGGGGUGCAGUCAUUGCAUUUCGACUUCGCGGAGCUUGACACUGAGCCUGAAGUGGUGGUUUUGUUUAAACUACUUUCGACCUUCGGCCCCCUACCGGAUGAACUUAUAAAGCAUGUCGAUGAUGCCAAUGCUGGUGGGCUUUUAACCAACUUGUGGCAGGCAGUGAAGGAGAACGACGUCAAUGGGGAUUUUGCGGAUUGGACAGAGGACGUGUUUCCUAACCUCACGGACGAAGCAAAGAGGCUGAUCUUAAUGAUGACCAAUCUUGAUCCUGCCAAGAGAGCAACGAUGUCAGAGAUUGUAAAGGAUAGUUAUUGGGUCGAAGAUGACAAUUCUUGA